AAACCUCAGUGACCAGUCACAAGAACGGGCUAAAUCAGGUGAUGGGCUCAUGACUAAAUUUUUAACCCGACGUCAUCAUUUCACCGGAAGUUUAAAAAGAAAAACCGCCUUUUUUUCCUCACCGAUGCGCGCUCAAGUAGACCGAAACUGACCUAUUUCGCGGGAAAAAAAGGCCCAAAAAUAGACCGGUCUGUAAAAAUGCCGUGACACAGUAUUUUUGCAGGAUUAUUGCAGAACGCCGAACGCCGAACGCCAAAUGCACUAUCUGCUUGCGGUGUAGGAGUUUCACUCAUGUUUGCUUGCGGUUAGCUUUUGUUUGAUAAGGACAGCAUUAUAUUGCAUACGGCCCUGUCCAACAAAUAAAAGCUAACCGCAAGAAAAUAUCAGUGAACUAACCGCAAGAAAACAGUGCAUUCGGCGGUGCAAAUUACCCCUGCCGGGCUUAGUAUGGAAGUUGCACACCCCAGCCUGCCCAUUACCCUAGUUGACAGAGAUUUUCUUAGCAAGGGCAUAUACUCAUCUCGUAGUUAAGAUUUUAUACGUAUAUAAAAUAUAUUUUAAACAGUGGCUUAUUUUACAGACGUUAUUUUAACGGCCCACGGUCCGCCCCCGCACUUUAGGUUUUGAGCCGCUAGUAUCCCCAGUCAGCAGUACCAAAAAGAAUAGAUCCCGGAUGUAAUCUUUUGGCGGGAAUCAUAAUCUUGAAAGCGAACAAAGAAGGAAACUUCGCAAGGACGCGUUCUUUGAUCAAUCAUCAACUUUUCGCGACAAGCCACCUUAGGCAGAGAAAUUCAAGGGAGAACGAGUUGAUGCACGAUUCAACAGUUGAUUUGCCGCUGUUCUUUUAACAUGGCCGCUCAAAGAAGUCAUUUGGCUAGAACUCUGUGCGGAUCAAACCCAGCUCCAAAGACUCCCUGCAGCACAGCAUUGGCAGAAACAGUGCCCUUACAUAUUACCCCCCUGGACUCACUCGACUCAGACCGAGAACCAAAUACACCGAACAAAGACCCCUCAUGUACCUAUAAAAAGAAAUCAGGAAAACUUGUAUCAAAACGGAAGCUCUUCUUGCAAAGUGGACAAAAUCUUCAUGUGAAUAAAGCUAAAAGGCAUGCUGGUCCAAAGAUCUCACACGCUACCACGUCAACCUCAAAGCCCGCAGAUGGCAGCAGACCUCAUUUUCCCCUUACAGAACGUCAGCAGCUUCAGUAUCUCCUUGAAGUUACAGCCAAGGAGGCAAAGCAAGAUUCUGGAUCCAGUAGCAACGAUGACUUCCCGACAAUUGCCGGCAGAGCAGUUAAGAAAGACACAAGCAUGGACUAUCACAUUGAGGCUCGUCUACGAAAGAGGAAUGAACGUGGAGAAACAGCACUGCAUGUUGCUGCCAUUAGAGGGGAUUUGGAGGACCUUGUUGCCUUGAUAAAAGCUGGAGCCUCAGUUAAUGCUAAGGAUAAUGCUGGUUGGACACCCCUUCAUGAAGCCUGUAACUAUGGCAAUCUUGCCAUUGUUCAGGAGUUAGUGUGGUCUGGUGCAGAUGUUAAUAGUCCAGGCUAUGAAGCUAUGACUCCACUGCAUGAUGCUGUUAUCAAUGAUCAUGUCAAGGUUGUAAAGUUUCUUUUAGAGAAUGGAGCAGAUUCUAAGCUUCAAACAUCUCAAAACUACUGGGCAACUGACUUAGCAAGAUCAGAAGCAGUCCUUAACCUGUUAAAUCAAGAGGAAAAAACAAGCAACUGCAACACAAUUGAUUCCAAAGGAUCACUCCCUCAUCCUCAGUAUGCCGAACUCAACUACAAUUUGCCAUCAGACAAAAUUAAUGGUUUAAAUGGUUCUUUCAUUCAAACAAGUUCAUUCAACAAUGUAUAUGAUCCUGGUUUUUCACUUCAAGUUGCUCAAGAUACCAAAGAACACUUCAUUCCACAGGAAAGUUUGGAGAUCAAUGCAAAAGGCAGUCACAACGAGAAACAAGAUUUCUAUGUACAAAGAUUUCCGGCAGAGUAUGGGUUUCCUGGAAAUUUUUAUCCUUUCGUGAAUGAAACAGAAGUUAGCAAAGAAAGGGAAGUUAUCAAUUUAAGGUCGUUGUGUAAUGAAGUUGUAGAUAAGAAUGACAAUGGGCAGAUAAAGUGUGAUUAUGGUGCCUGGCAUUAUCAGAAGUCAUCUUGUUGUCAAGGUAAGUCUGGAGAGGUGCAACUCAAUGGUAAUGCUAAAGUUGAAGCUAGAGUAAUUGAAUCUACUGCCUCUGAAGAUCUGGUUCAAGACUUUACCAAGGAGUCCACUUCAGCAUCGACCUGUCCAAACAACUUAGGAGGACCUGUUGCCAGAGAUCUUGAUCAAAUGCAUGUGAAAAACUCGCCAGCUAAAACACCUUACCUGGCUGUGACAUCAGAUAGUGAAGAAGAUGCAGUCAGACCAGAAAAAUUGAAUGAGUGUCUGGACAAGGCAAUGAUUGAGAUCUCGUCGUACUUAGAAACUAGUCAAAAGGUCGACAUGCAUUCAGUGUUGUGUAAUGGCCAUGAAACUGACCUGGACAAUUAUUGUACCACUAAUGAUUUAAAACAUGACCAAAAUAUGAAUGGUAAAACAUUGCCUGAUGAAUUUGUCAGUGUGAACUCACCGCAAGGACCUGAAUCAACAGAAACUUCCUCAAAUUUUGACAGUUGUCAAGAAGAUCAGUUAUCUGUUGGUUGUUCUCUCCUCAAACGAAUGGAGUGUAAAGAAGAUGUGACCAAAGUCUCUGCCGAAGGAGUAACUACCGAUGGAGCAAAUAGUGUUGACCAACAACCAAAUAUGAAUUUCACAAAAAUUAAGCUAAGAAGUGAAAGGAAGAGAGACAGUGGCAUGUCCGAGAGGAGUGCCAAGUCUGUCAGAAGGAAGAGGACAUCAACAAGAUCCUCUGACUCUAGCAAAUGCGAGAGCCAUCCGAGCAUGAAAAAAGAAGAAUGUACGAAUCACAUUUCAAACACAUCUUGGAGGUCGGACCUGCCUAAGUACAGACACAGCUUGUCAGCCAUACCACUUUGUGUUCCAGGUUAUGAAGAUUUCCUCAUAAAUAGCAACAACGGAAAGAGCACAUCAAAGUCUUUAUCAGAUGAAAUCGUCAAUGAUCCUGCUUGUGAAAACCAGCUGGACAGGCUGAUCGUUCAACAUGACACGGAAAAGGUUAAAUUGCGCAUGACUCUAGAACAAGAACUUGUUCGCCUGUUCGGAAACUGCGCUCGUAACUCAGCUGGUUAUCAAGUACCUUACAGCGCAUGCACAGUAAUUGCGUCACAGAUAGGAUCGCCUGGGAUCAAGCAACUCACAACUGUAAAAGGGCGGCCUUUAUCAAUUAAACUUGAAGUGGAAAGGAUACUUAGCAAGUUCAGCGGACUCAAGACUCAAAUGUUAAAAAGGCACAACCGAGAGAUUGAAGUGGUCUUCGCUUUAGAAAAUUUCUGGCCUCAAAAUGAAGGUUUAACUGGGGUAAGCAGAUCACCGGCAAGAAGUUGGAAAGACUUCAACCAGGACUUCGACUUGUUACCUCCGAAGUUUCGUGAUUAUUACGAAGAAGUACUUUGUGCUACCGACUGAACUCGAAACUAAAUCGGAGUCCUUCGGUACAAACCGAAGCUAUGAUUUGCAGGAGGUAGACGGUUUCGAAAACGGUUCGUCCGUCAGACAUAAACUUCUAAUGAGAAGUGUAACUUAAGUAAUGCAUCUUUUAUUUCUAUACUUUGUACAUCAACUUGUCUUUCUUUCAUCCGUCGCACGUUCUUAUGCGUGAAACCGUGAAUAUCUUCAUUUAAUUUUUGACUUACGUGUAAACCUCUGUUUAGAGUGGGUGUGUUGUUGAUGAAUAACGUUUGAGCUAUCGAAUCAUUUGAAGAUUUAUACAUGAAAAUGUUCACGAAACCAUUGAAAUCGCAGUUACAAUUACAAAUAUAACACGUAAAAGGUUUUACGAA